AUGUUGAGCGGUCGGCCAUCUGCUGAUGUUGCAGCCAAAGCCACGUCAUAUUUUGUAUGGUUUGUGAGUUAGGUGUGUGAAGUAUUUCUCGACUUUCUUAGAUAAAUUACCACUCAAAAACCGAAAAUAUGAACAUAUUUCGACUGUUAGGUGACUUAUCGCAUCUUCUUGCGAUUAUCAUUCUUCUUCUCAAAAUAUGGAAAACGCGGAGCUGUGCCGGUAUCAGUGGCAAAUCGCAAAUUUUAUUUGCAAUUGUAUAUACAACACGUUAUCUAGAUUUGAUAACAACAUACAUUUCAGCGUAUAAUACGUUUAUGAAAGUUAUUUUUAUUGCAACAUCAUUUGCUAUUGUUUUCUUAAUGUAUGUGAAAUUUAAAGCUACAUAUGACCAUAAUCAUGAUACAUUUAGAAUCGAAUUUUUAAUUCUUCCCACUUUGGCGUUGGCAUUAUUAAUCAACCAUGAAUUUACAGUGGUGGAAGUUCUAUGGACAUUCAGCAUUUAUUUGGAAUCUGUAGCAAUAUUGCCACAAUUAUUUUUGGUAUCAAAGACAGGUGAAGCAGAAAGUAUCACGAGUCAUUAUCUUUUUGCUUUGGGAUCAUACAGAGGCUUGUAUCUGUUAAACUGGGUCUAUCGUUACUAUGCAGAACAUCACUAUGACUUAAUUGCAAUUGUUGCUGGUUUAGUACAAACUGUUCUUUAUUGUGAUUUCUUUUAUCUUUAUAUUACCAAAGUACUCAAAGGCAAGAAGUUACAACUACCAGCUUAGCCGGUUAUAAGUAUUAGCUUUUGUAAACUGUAUUGCUCGUUUGAGUAAUAUUACUAUUGAUUGAGUUCUAUAAAUUUUGGCAAUAUUUAAAGAAAAUUGAGGAAUGCUUGUGUACAAAGUAUACAUUUUACUAAGCAUAUAGCAUUCCAAUUUCUUAAACUUUCAACAUCAUUAAACACUCAUGUAUAAUUUUUCCAUCUUAAAUCCAUCUAUAUACAUUUAUUUUUCAGAAUGUUUUCAUCCUUUUUUUUGUCGGUAUAUUAGAUUUUUCGGUAACUUUAUUAUGAUAAAGUAGCUGCCCAUUUUAUAAUUUAAUGAGUGAUAUGUUAAAUAUAAAACAAUUGGAAAUGAAGGUCAUCAAAUUUAUUGUUUCCAAAAUCUGUUAUAUUUCUUAGAAAUUAGGAUGUAAUCGUAUUGAUAACGUAUUUUAAAUGUUUGAUACAAUUUUAUUCAAAUGAAAUUAAACCAUAUCAAUUGGUUAACAUCGCAUACUUAUAUGGUUUACUAAAUCGGUUAUAUGAACUGAUUCGCUAAGAGUUGUCGAUCUGUCCAUUACAUAUAUAAUGCCAUUUUCAAGACUAGUCUCAUCAACUAAAACUAUAAAAGGAACCAAGCACGUAUCUAUAAUUUGUUCGGAAGUGGUUAAUAUAGUAUUCAUGCCCUUUGUUUUUAGCAUAUUAUUUAAAUAAAGUACAAAGCGAUUUAAAUCAUUAUUUUGAACGUUCGCGUCGUUACUUGGUCUUUUUAUACGAAAUGCAAUUUUAUGUGGUGCUAGUUUGGAAUGAAUAUGCAUCUUAGUUUUUUUACUUAUAUCAUAAGUAUCGCAAAGUAGUGCUAGACAACCCCAGUCUAAAGAUACCGAAUGUUCAAUCAUUUGUUGUUCAGAAACUUGUUUAUUAUCAAUCUGAAAACAAAAUAUUCCAUAUAAAUAAUUUUUAUUCUUAAAGUUAUAGAAAUUAAAAUAUUAAGAAAAGCACCUGAGGGAAUAGUUUUUGAAUGUCCAUAUAGUGAGUUAUCCUUUCCACAGUAAUAUUGCCAAAUGGAAAUUGUGCUUCAAUAUUUAUUAGGUCAUGAUUUUUUGCUUUUUUCACUUCUGUAAGUACGAAUCGAGAAGGAUAUUGAGCUAAUCUGCGCCACCAAAUUUUACGUUGCUUUUGUACCGUAUGAAAUAAAUCUUUGGUUUCUGUAUCGUUGUUAAAAAUAGCUAUUUCAGCGAUUUUGUGUAAGUUUAA